ACCGCGUACUUUACGUCACCGGAAGUAGACGGCGGCGGUUGCGGGACAGUAUUUUGAACAAUAUAAACCUCCACUGCAGCAUAUUUUACAAGAAAAUCGUCGUUUUACGACAUAAAAUCAUCUGUAUUAAACACAUAAAAUGAAGAGCGUCUUGCCAACGGUCUGUAUUUAAAUAGUAUGAAAUAAAUCGUGAUAAAAGUACGUUAACCGACAAAACUAGCCUAUAAGGUUCGAAUAGUGGCAAAGUAAAAUGUAAACAAAGGUAAAUAUGAUGUAUUUAAUUACGUACAGCUAUUUCUUGGACUUUUUCAAACCAAAGUUCUUAUAAACGGACAAACCUGAUAUACAUUUAAUCCACAAUAUAAAGAUUCAAAUUAUGUUUAUUAAUCCAUAAACAUGGAUCCAUAUAGCAACUGAUGUGACAGAUCAUGUGUGUGAUUGGCUCAUCAUGGACGACUCGGAUCAGGACUUCACCGACCUCUGCUCUCGUCUCCUUAAAAGAGUGAGGAGGAAAGGAGCAGGAGGAUCUGGAGAUGAGAAAAGAUCAGCAACCAAGGAUGAGGAGCCAUCCUCCCCCUCUUCUAGAAGAAACCCCCCUAAGAGGAGAAAGAAGAAGGAUGCUGCUAAGACUGAAAUAAAGAGUAACAUCAACAGGACUCAGGCUGUAGUGUCUGACGAUGUUUCCCAGCCCGUCGCUAAUGUAUCUGGCACAGGGAAGGUCAAAGAUGCCGUGAUCCGCAGAAUGCAACAGUUUAAGAGAGCCAGUCCAGAGAAACUCCUACGUGCAGAGACCAACCAACCCACAUCCACAGAGUCUGAAGGAAACUAUCCCACCACUGCCGGGAUCCAGCACACAGAAGAUGUGAGUGGAGAUGAAGCCCUGGCUCUUCAGCUCCAGCAGGAGAUGGAUCGUGAGGCUCGGGCUGCUGGGGACGUGGAAGAGGCGGGAUUGUUCUUCUGCCAGCUCUGUCAGAAAGAUCUGUCUAGCAUGAGUCCCCCUCUACGCACUCAGCACAUCAACAGAUGUUUGGAUGCCAAUGAGAGCAGCGCUCCCUCGGCGUCCCAUCAUUCCCACCCUAGACAGCGGGUCCCAGAGUGUCCCAUUUGCGGGAAGAGUUUUAAAUCAGAAAAAAGCCGGUCUGUCCACCUGAAGCGUUGCUCGACUGAUAUGGGUGUGAAGCCCAAUGAUCUUCUCCAGGCUCUGAGGAGACAGGCUGCUGAGACAGUGAGCCACAACACCACCGACCAAUCACGACAAGUAAGUGGCACAACAAGGAGAGAUGGUGUGCCUGUGAAAAAGAGAAUCAGGAGGAAAGCCCAGAAGAUGGACGAGGACACCAUGAUGGCGCUGGCUCUGUCCCGCUCUCUAAUUGAGCAGGAAAUGGAAAAGGUGCGAGAGGUGGAGGAGGAGAGGGAGAUACUGGCUCAGCUCUCCAGCCCUCCUGCAAUGACAGCUCCUGUAUUACAGUGGAGACCUGGUGCAGGUAAGGGCCGUGGAAAGAGAAGGAAGGGAGCGUCUCCUGUCCACCCACCCCUACUCCUCAUUCAGGACCCUCAGACAGCACUGAAUCGUCUACAGGAGCGGGUUUCAUCUCUCCUGGCUCCUUUCCAGACCCCCCUCUCCACCCACACCCACCCUAUCCCCCUCCGCACUGCCUCUCCAUCCUCACGCCCCCCUCUGGGACAAAAGUGCUCUUCACGGAGGAGGACCAGACUCAGUUUUAGAGUUUUACACAUCAGAAUUAAGCAACUUCAUACAGCCAUGGGUUGCACCAGAGGUUUGGCUUGA